ACACCUUUUAUACCCUUUUCAAGACACUAUAAAGUUGUUGUGUUCUACCUUAAAAGUAGCAUUUGUUACUAAAUAGAAAGUUAAUUAAGGUUUUACUUACAGUACAGCUUAAUUAUUUUAACUGGACCUUGGAUGCUGAAACCUAAACCAGUGAAACCUGACAGCUCAGCUGACAAUACUUCAGAAUCUGAUUUACCAGAUAACUGUGAGGAAAUGAAAGCAAAAUUUGAACAAGAGCUUAUCUGGUGCAUAGAGCAGCUUCAACUUGGUUUAGACACAAGUAAUCCAAAUUCUAAACAAGCCAUAGAAGGUACUAAGGCUUUGAAGAUUCUUUUAAGUUCUAAAGCUCCAAUGAUAAAGAAGAGACAAGUUAUGAGGAAUACAUUUGGUGACUACAGGAAGAAGAUGGCAGAAAUGGAACACAAAAGUACUAUAGCUGCUAGGAAAGGCAAAAUAACAUCAGCUGAAACAAAGAACAUGCAAAAAUCUACAUUCUUCAAGAAAAGCACUACUAGAAAAUCUGACAAUGCCACCCCAGUUAAAACGUACAGUGAUACACAUAUAGAGAACCAGUCUGAAAAUUGUAAUAAUAAUAAUAGCCAUGCUGACACAGGUGCCGAUUUAAACUCUAAGUUUCAAUUUAACUUUAAAAUUGAUGACAGUGUUCCAAUAGUAAGUGAUACUGAAAGUAUAAACACAGACAACACAGUUGAAAAUGUAAAUAGUCUAGGUGGUGCAGUUUUGAAAAGUGACAAUUCAUUCCGGUUUAAUUUUACAAUACCAAGUUGAUGAGACGGAUAAAUCAAGGGAUAUUUGAAAGACUAUUGUGAAGAAAACCUUUAUAUGUGUGUGAAUUAUAUGAAGAUUAAGAGUGAUUUAAAUAGGAGAGUAUAUUAUCAAGGAACGGAUAAAGUUGCUUAAAUCAGCAUGCCUCCAGAUACCGAUUUUCAUGAAAAAUUUGAAAAUUAAUUAUUAAAUAUAAAAAUCAUAAAAUUAAUCAACAGUUACUGUAAAAUUACAUUGAAUCCAUUAUGUUAAAGGUGAUUCUCAAAAGAUUUGUAACAUAGAAUGUCUCUGUUACUUAACAGUGUUCGUAAACAGAAUAAAAUGUACCGAAACAAAAUAUUAUACUGCUGUUUUAAGUAUUUUUGUGUUCUAGAACAAAAUUUUAAGUAGAGUUUUAUCAGUUCUGUAAUUUUUUGUUCAUGCCCCAUUUCCUUUUAAGCUAGUUCACUAUCUUAUUUAUUUGAAUUUUCAUACAAGCAUUUCGGAAGUAUUCUUUUUUUUAAUUGAAUUUUUUUUUUCAGUAGAUACAUCUAUAUAGCUUUAUACACUUUAAAAGAAGAUAAUUGAGCUGCGUCACCACAAAACCAACAUAAUGGGUUUGCGACCAGCAUGGAUGCAAACCAGCCUGCACAUCCGCGCAGUCUGAUCUGAUCAGGAUCCAUGCUGUUCGCUAUCAGUUUCUUUACUUGAUAUAGGGUCUGUAAGCGAACAGCAUUGAUCCAGAUCAGACUGCGCGGUCGCAAAUGCAUUACGUUGGUUUUGUCGUGACGCGGCUCAAUUUACAGGAAUUAUGUAUGCUAGGAAGCAUAAUUUGUUGACACAUUUUAUAAAUUAUUGUAAAGAAAAAUGUGUUGCCAAUUUCAAUUGAACAUAUGUUUUUUAUAUAAUAGGAAUUGUUUGCUGGAAUGAUUUUGUGACGUAAUAAAUACUGGAGGAUA